AUGAGCCAAACUACUGCACUAACUACAGAAGCACUUACUAUGAUCCUUGAUAAGAAAAUAGAGGAAAAUCUGAGACCAUUUCAUCAAGCAAUGGACGAUUUAAAGCAGAGUGUGAAUUUUGUAAGUAAGAAAUUUGAUUCUCUGACCAUGAGAGUCUCAGAGAUGGAAGGAAAGUGUGAGGAAGCUCUAACGGAAAAUAAAUUUCUUAAAGCAGAAAUAUUACGACUUUCCAAUGUUGUUAAACAACAAAGCGAAGAUAUAAGCAAUAUUGAACAAUACAGUCGACGCGAUUGUGUAGAAAUAAGUGGCCCACUGGAAGAAUCAGACGAAGAUACAAAUGCACUAACAAUCAAAGUUGGCUCUCUUAUGGGUUUGAAAAUCAAUGAGAGUGAUAUCUCUGUAAGCCAUCGUCUUCCACUGAAACGUCAGUCUCAAAGUUAUUCCUCAAGAUUAAGGCCAAGAGCUGGGGCUGUAUUAAAUACUGUUGAUCAACAUCCAAAAAUUAUUGUCAAAUUUGUAAGAAGAGACACAAAGGACCUAUUUUAUGGCGGUAGAAGGCAUUUAAAUUAA